AUGGAAGAAACACAUAGAGUUAACUGUGCCCAAGGUAUUUUGAUCUCUUUAGCUCAUGAUUCAAAGGUCAAUAACUGUAGAAUGGCCUUGAAUGUGUAUUUGCCAAAGCAAUAUUAUACGCCAAAUGCCGCUGACUUGACUAAGGAAAAACCAAUUCCAACUAUCUACUUUUUGGUAGGGGUCUCGGCAAAUCAAAAUUAUGCGACUGAAAGAUCAUUCAUUCAAUGGCAAGCAGAUACCUAUGGAUUUGCUGUUGUUUUCCCUGAUACUUCUCCUAGAGGUCCGGAUGUCCCAGAUGUUCCAGAUAUCGAAGUAGUUGGACAAAGUGCUGGUUUCUAUUUGAAUGCUACUGCUGAACCAUUCGUUAAGAAUUAUCAGAUGUUUGAUUAUGUCCAUAAAGAACUACCUGCAGAACUUACCACAUAUUUCGAUAAGGUAUCACCAGUCCGUGUUGAUUUUUUGAAAAAUGUUAGUAUUAUUGGUCACUCCAUGGGUGGGUUGGGCUCUUUAACAGGUUAUUUCAAAUUGUUUCCCCGCUAUAAAAGUUGUUCUGCUUUUGCACCUGUAGUUAAUCCAACUUCUUCUGAUUCAAAUGCUGGUCAAAUAAGUUUUAAGACUUAUUUGAAAGAUCCUGAAUCGGAAUCUGCAGCAUAUGAUCCUUGUGAACUGAUUAAAUCAACAACUCUUACUGCACAAGAUGUAGACGGUAAACAAGUUUUGAUUACUGUAGGAACAAAGGAUCACUUGUACGAUACUGAAUUACAUUCCCAAAGAAUCUUAGAAUUUACAAAAGGUACUGUUUGGGAAGGGAAAAUCACCGUUCAAUUGAUUAAAGGGUUCGAUCAUCAAUCCUAUUUGAUUGCUACAGAGAUUGGAAAUCAUGCAAAGUUUCACGCAAAACACUUGGGACUUUUAUAA